AUGACAGCACCACAAAAUCCUAUUACUAGAGCCAUUUGGGAUGGCGCAUUACCAAUCAAGUUAUCCCUUGAUACUACAGAGGCAGCAGCAUUAGGUGCAAAAACUAUAAUAGAACCAUAUUUUAUAGAAGCUCCACGCUGUUCAUACUUUCCAUUAUUAACAAGUCAGUUAAGAAAAUAUUUCGGGGAUAUGAUGUUGAAUUUCAUUGGAGACGACGCAGAAAUAUGGUAUGAUGUUGACGGGACUCCAUUAAAGCAUUAUCCUAUAGGAUUAUUAUACGAUUUACAUACAGGAUAUCGUCCAGAUUCUAAUAGUCCACCACCUUUACCUUGGCCAGUAACUGUACAUUUUAAAGAUUUUCCAGCUGAUAAAUUAAUACGAGCACAAGCGAUUGAUGCAACACAAGAUUUUUUCAUGAAUGGAAGUACAAAAAAAGUAAUGAAUUUAUCAAAGAAUGAUCAAACACAAUUAUGGGAUGGAUUAUGGUCCAAGAAUUAUGAUCGAUUUUGGAGUGUAAAUUAUCGUUUAGUUAUGAACGAUGGACAAAUGCCAAGACAUAUUCCAUUAAGAAUAUAUUUACCUGAUAAUUGUCCAGUAUUACAAGAACCUGUAUCGCCAUUAGAUGAUAAUAAUGGAAAUCCAUUAACAUUAGGAGAUGUAUUACAUCAAAUCCUUCCAGAAUUAUUUCCAUCUUCUUUACCUAGUGAAAAUUCUUUUGCUGCUCCAGUAAUUCAUGGUGUUAUUCCACAAUUAGAUAUGCCAAUAGUGUGGGCAUCACAAAAUCUUUGUUAUCCUGAUAAUUUCUUACAUAUCGUUGUUCUUCUGGGGAUAUGA